CGCCACAGGCCUCCCGCGCCCCUGGGGUCCCCCGGGGCCUCGGGGCCUCGGGGCGGGCGGGCGGCGCGGCGGGGCUGCAUCCUGCGCCGGCCCCAGGCUCUCCCGCGGGGCGGAAGGCCGGGCGAGCGGCGGGGAACCGGGACGGCGGGGCCUUAAGAGUGGAGAGUGUGCGGCAGCCCCCCGUUCCCCGGGCAUCGCGCAGACGGGGCCCCGGGAUUCCGAUGCGAAAACUGACCACAUUUGAGCCCCAUCCCCGACCCUCCCAGAGGCAAUGAGCGAUCUAUUUCUCUGCUGCAUAAACUGUCCCUAACCUUUCUCAUAAGUCAGACAAUCUGCUUCCUCUUGGUUGAGAGCAUUCCAAACUGUGGUCCCCCUGGGCUCUCUUCACAUUGCUGUGGUGCAGAAGAUUUAAAAUCAGCUGAUGUUCACAAGGAAUAGAGUCACGUGAUGUAUGAAGGGAAACAUAUACACUUCUCUGAGGUUGACAAUAAGCCCUUGUGCUCAUAUAGCCCCAAACUGUGCAAGCAGCGGCGACUCAACGGGUACGCUUUCUGUAUCAGACACGUUCUGGAAGACAAGACCGCCCCCUUCAAGCAAUGUGAAUAUGUGGCCAAGUACAACAGCCAGCGCUGCACCAACCCCAUUCCCAAAUCAGAGGACCGGAGGUACUGCAGCAGCCACUUGCAAGUACUUGGCUUUAUCCCGAAAAAAGAGAGGAAGAAAAAGAACGAUCCGGUCGAUGAGGUGAAGGUCGGGCGCCAGAUGGAUGCCAUGGCGUUUAGCCUGACGGUGCCCACGCUGGCCUUGAAGAUGCCCAAUGGACUGGACAGCAUGUCCCUCUCUCCACCUGGGGCAAGGGUCCCUCUCCACUACCUGGAAACUGAGUUGGAAGACCCCUUUGCUUUCAACGAGGAAGAGGACGACCUAAAGAAAGGGGCAGCUGUGAGAAAGAAGUUGCAGAGCAAGCUGGCUCAGAACCGGCAGCGCCAGAGAGAGACAGAGAUUUUGAAAGUUCGGCAAGAGCACUUUAGCACCCCUCCCGCGCCUCCGCAGCAGCACGCCCACCUGUCACCUCUGUCCACCUCUUUAAGACCCCCAGCGCCACCGCAGGGUUCAAUCUGCAAGCCACCUCAACCUCAGAACACCAGCCUACCAAUGCAGGGAGUGGCCCCCACCACACACUCUAUAGCACAAACGAGGCAGGCCUCUCACAAGAGGCCUCUGCCCCUCCUUCCAUCCAGUCGGGCUCCCAUCUCAGACGCCCCCAGGACUGACCGAAUCCUCAUGAAAGCCACCGCCUUCUCUCCACACUUCUCCUGUAUAAGCCGACUGCAGAGACUGGUGAAACUGUGUACCCAAAAGCAUCAGCUGGACGCGGACCUGUUCCCUCACUUAGGGUUGGACUGGUCUGAAGAGAGCGGAGAAGAGCUGGAGGACUCAGAUCAGGCCUCACCAUACCAGGUCGCAUGGUCCAUCCGAGAAACCCUCAGAUAUGAAAGACACACGUCGGAUGAGGAUGACGUGGAGAGCAGGAGCUCCAGGGUGACCCAACUUUGCACUUACUUUCAGCAGAAAUACAAGCACCUCUGCCGCCUGGAGCGGGCAGAGUCCCGACAAAAGAAAUGCCGGCAUACUUUUAGGAAAGCGCUGCUGCAGGCAGCCAGCAGAGAGCCCGAGUGCACCGGCCAGCUGAUACAAGAACUGCGGAGAGCCGCGUGCAGCCGAGCCAGCUUCAGCCAGACCAAGUUGAAGGAGGUGGAGCCAGCAGCAUGCAGCGGAACAGUGAAGGGUGAACAGUGCUCUAACAAGGCCCUUCCUUUCACCAGACAUUGUUUCCAGCACAUCCUCCUGAACGGCUCUCAGCAGCUGUUCUCCAGCUGUACCGCCAAGUUUGCAGAUGGACAGCAGUGCCCUGUACCAGUGUUUGACAUCACACACCAGACGCCCUUGUGUGAAGAACAUGCCAAAAAAAUGGAUAAUUUCUUGAGAGGAGAUAACUCCCGUAAAGUUCAGCACCAGCAACAGAGGAAACCUAGGAAAAAAACGAAGCCCCCUGCACUUACCAAAAAACACAAGAAGAAGAGACGGCGUGGACCUCGUCGACCCCAGAAACCAAUUCCCCCUGCAGUGCCCCAAGGGAACCUCAGCAUGCCCACCAGCGUCUCACUGCCAGUGGAGGCCUCGCAGAUCCGUAGUCCUUCCACGCCAGAGCUGAGUGCCGACGAGCUGCCGGACGACAUUGCCAAUGAGAUCAGCGACAUCCCGCAUGACUUAGAGUUGAAUCACGAAGACUUCGCCGAUGUUCUGCCGCGGCUGCCCGAUGACUUACAGGAUUUCGAUUUUUUUGAAGGAAAGAAUGGCGACCUCCUCCCGACCACCGAAGAAGCCGAGGAGCUGGAGCGGGCCUUGCAAGCUGUAACCUCUCUCGAGUGCCUGAGUACAAUUGGGGUACUUACCCAGUCAGACGGAGUGCCAGUUCAGGGGUUGCCAGAUAGAGGAAUGGGGGUGUUCUCCGGGGGAACCGAUGCUUCGGGAAUCCAGUCCUUGAGCCGAGAAGUAAACACGGACCUAGGGGAGCUACUGAAUGGACGCAUAGUACACGAUAGCUUUUCUAGUCUGGACCUGGACGAGAACCUGCUCCGCUCUGCUUCUCUGUCUGACCCGCCCACACCCCUGGCAGGGCAGAUCCAGGGGCAGUUCUCUGCCCCAGCCAGCGUUGGCCUUACUUCUGCCACUCUGCUCAGCCAGAGUGCACUUGGGGAGAGAGCCUUCCCAGGACAGUUUCAUGGACUUCAUGAUGGCAGCCAUGCCUCCCAGAGGCCACAUCCUGCCCAGCUGCUGAGCAAGGCAGAUGACCUAAUCACCUCACGACAGCAAUACAGCAGUGAUCACUCACACUCCUCACCCCAUGGAAGCCAUUAUGAUAGCGAGCACGUGCCGUCGCCCUACAGUGACCAUAUCACCUCUCCCCACACAUCUUACUCUGGUGAUACUAUGGCAGCUACCUUUUCAGCAGAGAUGCCCAUCAUGGCACAGCACUUGCUCCCCAGCCAGCUUGAGGUGCCCCUUGGAGGAGUGGUCAACCCCAGAACUCACUGGGGGAAUCUCCCCGUCAACCUUGGCGACCCCUCUGCAUUCAGCAACCUCCUUGGCGCGGAUGGACACCUCCUUUCCACUUCCCUCUCCACGCCACCCACCACGUCCAACUCAGAGACCACACAGCCUGCCUUCGCCACCGUCACCCCAAGCAGUUCCAGUGUGCUGCCGGGGUUACCGCAGACCAGCGUCAGUGGCAUGGGGCCUUCCGCUGAACUAAUGGUCUCCGCCUCUCCCAAGCAGCAACUCCCGCAGUUCAGCGCAGCCUUCGGCCACCAGCUGAGUUCUCACAGUGGCAUUCCUAAGGACCUGCAGCCCAGCCACAGCUCGAUAGCCCCUCCUACAGGCUUCGCAGUGACGGGUGCCACGGCUGCAAGCACCAGUAAUGCAUCCCCCCCUUUCCCCACCCCCAACUGAGCCUGCGUGCGCAGGCAGGUGGGACCUGGUGAUUCUAUCUGUGUCUCCUCUUUCGCACCCCUCCUCUUUUCCUACAGAAGAUUUAAAAAUAAAAGUGGGGAUCAGCGGGACCCCCCCUCCCAGACAACUAGCGGCCGUGCAGUGGACCUGGCGUCAGUGGUCACGUGUGCUCCUUAGCACUGGUGCUCAUUCCCUCCUGGCGGGUCCUCGCGCCCUGGCGCUUUUCUCUGGUGGCUCCUCAGCACAGUGACUGGAUAGGUUGAUUUUUUUUUUUUUUUUUCUUCAGCAAGUCCUAGAAGUGGAAGAUACCUCAGAUUACCAGUGCCCUUUACUAUUUCCUAGUGUUCAGAUCAAUGCUUUCCAUUCUCUAGCCAGGUUUUGACAUAGGUUGUUCUAGAUAGAGUGGCCCUAGUGAGAUCCUGUGUCGCAGGUGGUGUGUGGAGGCAAAUCGGGGCUCUGACUCGGCACCAACUGCCCAACACCUGGAUGCCAUUCCUAAUCGUGAUGUGGUUAACCGGAAAGAAAAUCGUCUCUUGACUGCCUGUGAGUGCGUGUUCACCCCGUGUGUGUUUCGUGCAGUGCAGGAAGUAGCUGUCAUGGUAUUUUUUUGUUGUUGUUGUUGUUUUUUUCUUUUUACUCCCAGAAUAAGCUUAUGGCCCUUUUCCCUUCCUUCUGUUUCAUACCUAGCAAGGUUGGUUUGUCCUUCCUUCCUCCUGAGUUGACUAAAGCAUCCUGAAUUGGGAGGAGGUGGUCUGGCACAGCCCUUUCUUGCUAAAGAUCAGCCCAUGAAGAAAGGAGCCACACAAGGCUGAAUUCACAUCGGUAAUGGGGAGUGCCAUGGCUGCGUGGGCGCAGGGCUGCUCAGGGGUGGGGCCUCACAGUCACUUUGCCUUUUCCACGUGCGUUUGUUUCAGAAUCCCUCACUCACAGAAUACAUUUGCAAGUUGUAAUUAGAGAACAUAUUUUGAUGUGAAAAAGUAGGCUGGACCAGCUAGGUUUGAAAGACGAUACCUGUGACCAGCUCGCUCUGUCAUUCACUCCCAGUUUUUCCAUGGUUACAGUUGUGAUUCUUUGGUGAGAUUUGUGAACUGUUGAGGACACGUGUAGAAUCCGUGUACCAGUUGUGAAGUGAUGUGUAAUAUCAGAAGAACACACAUUUUAAAGUUUCUUUCAAAACAGAAUAUGGAAAUUAGACAUAAAUUUGAUUUACCUUAGGCACUUUUAAAAUAAUUUAAGUACUUAAGGUGAAGUAAAUUUGGAAAUUCUUUUGAAGUACCAAGGGUUUAGGGUAAAAUCUUAUUGGUUAGUGCAGUAAGUUGGUGACUAUGCAGUGGUGUGUGGGGUUUCUCCUUGCCUGCCUUCCCCUCCAGAGAAGGGUAGAACUUCACUUUCUACUCUGUUUUGCUGAGGUUUCACUGUCCUUUGGAUACCGUUGGGGAUUCAUCCCUGAGUUCAAUCUAGUUUCCAUAUGUACAUUUUUUAAAAAGAAGACAACAUGUCUGUUAAUGAUGUGGUACAGUAAUUCUUUUGUCAGGGAUUGUUGGAUCCUAAUUCCUUCCUAACAGUAAAGGUUGGGACAUACUUUCCUCCUCCUUAGGUGUGUUUUCGUUAUGUCAUGCUAGUUCUAACCAGUCCCUUCUGGUAAAAGCUUUCUUUUUCUGCUUUGUAAAGGAAUGAUGGUGAUCAGCAGGCAUUAUGCAGAUACCAUGUGCCUGAGCUUUUGGAGGGGAAGUCACAUGACUGUAUAAAAUCAUGAUAUGCCCUAUUUUGUAUUUAUUGAAUUUGGGGAGGGCAAAAUGUGUUUGUAAUAUAUUUACUUUUUUUUCAAAUCAUGUUAAUUAAUUGGAACAUUUAUUUUUACUAGCUUUGCCAUUUUUGCAGAUUGAGAAAUUUCUAAAUUAUAAAUUAUGUCACAAAGCAAAAUUAUAUUUGGUAUUCACCGUGAACUUCUUUCCUGAAUGGUGAGAUACAGCUUUUUGCCUGGUUCUCACCUGGGAACUUAGGUCAGUAGUUUUUCAUUCUAGUGCACUGUAAGGAAAUGAUGAGUGGUUACCUCACCCCAAUUCGCUAAGCUGUGUUCACAUCCCAUUAUAAUCAUCACUAGAUAACUGUGCAUUCCCAGGAAAUAUAUUUUGUUUCCAUUGUGUAUCACUUGAAGAUUGAAGCGGAGCAGCCUGGGCUUCCUCAUCAAGCUCCUGUUUGACAGAGAGGGGGUCAUGGGUAGUCCGUUUGGACCGUUGCUGGCCGUUUGACAGAGAGGGGGUCAUGGGUAGUCCGUUUGGACCGUUGCUGGCUGUUUGUGCUACAUUCGCUGCUGAAAAUUCUCGGGUUGUCACAACUGAGUUUGCAGUAGGUUGCACCUUUUGAUUGUUUGCAGUUUUCUGUUUUAUGUGCAUUUAAAAGCUCUUCUUUGCUUUCGAGUAAGAAGGCAUGAAGUGAUCAGGAAUGUUGCCAGUUACAGCUUCACGCCAAAAAUAGUGAGUCAACUCACUUUUGUGUAGAUGCCCAUGAUGAUAGCAGAAGAGAGGGCAGUCUUAGAAAGUACUGGUAUAGCAUUGGGUAAUUAGCAAAAAGCACACUUUUCUUCUCUUCCAGAACUAACAUCCAAGCCUGUAGUUUGCUUUUCUUGUGAGUCCCCUGUUAGAAGAAUAUGUGUCUAUAAGCCCAGAGGUUCCCACUUUGUUUCUCUUCCAGUUAUAGAAGCAAUUCUAGUCUCUUAAUAGUAGGUGGGGUAUUAAUAUGCAAAGAAAAAUUAGGCGUCUUUUACGAUGCUUACAUGAAAACAUAGCACUUGUGUUUUGGUAAGGCAAUACUGGAAUCAAAAGCAAGCCUUCCACAGGUCCUGGGGGGGAGACACUAGCUUUUGUUGUCAUGUUCAGUACCUAAGCACAGUGACAAUGACGGCUCAUCUGUCUCUGCAGUUCUUUGGGACCAUUUCUAAAGGCCAGUCAGAUUGUGUUACUGUGAUUUAAUUUUUGAAGUUGCUGCAGUUAAUGAAUGCAUCCUGUGCUCUGAGAAUCUGACAUGUCAGCAACUGUAACCUCUGGUAUCUGAAGGGAAGAUGGGCUUUCUCUCCUUUAGUUGUUAAUGUUAUUUUAGUAAAGAACUUAAGACAUUGUUUCUUCUGUAAAAACCCGGGUAGGCUCCACAGUAGACAGUAGGACAGUGAAAGCAUUAAAGGUAGGCUGCCACAUGACCGGCCAUGCAGUGGAAAGGAGGUCUUGUAGUUAUCAUGGCCUAGCUGAGGAGUAAAGGUGGUUUUCUCUCGUGACCCCCCCCCCCCGGGGUGGGGGAGGGGAGUGUUCCUGCUCCAGAAAUGACAGCGUUUCCAUGCUGGCGGCAGUGUGGUGUGUCUAGUGUCCCUCUGUGAGAAGAUUAUGAUUUAAUGAAAAUCAGACAGUCAUUGGAGAUGGAGUUGGAAAGUGAUUGUUUUGUAUUCCUUUAAGUUGAGGUUACCAGUUUUAGUGGCGUAAGGCUAAGGACAGCUAAUACUUUAUCUUUGCCAAAUAACUAUUUCUAAGAUUAAUCUCUUAAAGUAAACCAGACUCUCACCUGAAGGUUAGGGAUUAUCCACUUUUGUGAGUCACACUAAAACUUUCCCAAAGCUCAUUCGCAGUCCAUGCCCACUCACAGUCUACACAACCAAGUCAUCAGUUCUUUGUUUAGGAAGGAAACGGUGUCCGCACUUGAAAAAGGUGUCCUGGGCAUAAAGUUUCUUUUACACGAAAGAACUUAGAUUUCUGAUGGCCUGUUGCACGGCAUCUUAUAAACUGGCAUUGGAGUUGCAUCAUAUGGAGAUGAAGCCCUGGCUGUGUGUUCUUUGAGUCUGGCUGCGGUCUUCACUGCACCUUGGCAUGCUGGGCAGCGGUGGCGGCGGGUGGGCUCAUUUGUAUCACCUCUCUGAAGCCACUGCCCGCCCCCAGCUGAGUUCCCAGCAUGGUUGUGCAUUGUUUUGACAUUGCAGAGUGUGAGGAUAUUAACACUAAACUAUUUAAUAGGUUUGGAAUUCAUUAGAAUUUUAAAGGUAUUUACUUUUUAGACUCUUCAUCCUUUUUUUUAAAGAUUUAAAAAGAUUAAAUUCUAUUCUUUAGCUGACGUGUAGGAUAGUCUAAUAGAGUGGUUUGUUGAAUGGUCAGUACAGCUCUGCAGUGUAAUGAGGAAAUUUAGAAACACCUUUGAGUUUAGUUGGAGUGAAUCCUCAUUUGUAUUUCAUUUAUUACUGCUCUCCCACACUGUUCUAGAGGUUUCUUCCUGUCAAAAUUAUUUCAUGGGGAUAGUCACUCAUGAAAAGUUAUAUAGUUUUUCCCCUCUCAAUAACUUGAAAAAUACCCGAAUCUUCCCUGGAACUAAGUAGAAAAGAAUAUUACUAUAUUCUGAUGGGAACCAAAAUCACACUUUAAUUAAAGUAGCAUUGUAAAUGCUGUCUUUCCUAAUGUGUAUAAUCCGAUCUCUGUGAAGAGCCCAGAUGGAGCUCUGGUAAGCGGGCUCCUGGCCGGCGAGUUAGGAAAAGGACUUGUGGACGUGAGUCACGGCUCUUCCGCAGCCAGGGUCAUUACCGCUGCAGGUGUGGGAAGCUGAGGGCGCUGUGGUGGUUUUCACUUUCCUUGGUUAGUUUCCCUCUGCACUGUGACAGGGAGCAAGUAAAAAGAGCUGUGGUGUUUCAGAGAGAUGUGUCGUGACUUUCCUACCCGUAUUCCAGAGUAUCAGUAAUGUUUUGAGUGGCUGGAAGAGCAGAUCCAAGAUGACCUUUGGCUGAUCUAAAGUUGGUGUGAAGAGCAGUUUUCUCAGACAGAAGCUGUUGGAUCUUGGAGGCCAGUGGGAUAGCAUGUUUUCUUCCCUCCCCCCUGCCUGUUUUGCACGCUCAUCCCCGGUGCUGCAGUGUGCACACGCACACACGUGAGCCGCACUCAUCUUGGCCCAAGAGUGAUAGGAUCUUUUCUCAUUGGUUUUUCUUGUUGUUCUUAUGUGUUUGUUUGUUUGCUGUUUAAGCUGGGGACCACUGACCUAAGCUCUAUAUGCACCCCAAGUUCCCCAUGGAAAACGUUUCAACAUGCAGGGCAAAAGGCACUAGUACGGCUCCAGGCCAUACCAUUGCCUUUCCUUGGGGAACAGACUGAUUUGCCCCCAAUGACUCCAGCCUGUAUCAUUAAGGUCCAGGCGACUCCAGCGGGUUAGUGCUAACACGGUAGAGAGCUUGACACCUGCUGACUGUGUGUGCCUCUGUUCCAAAGGGUUGAAUCAGUUCUUUCUCAACAGUGAUAACUUGCCUCACUGUAUAGUGUUGAGUAUGUCUCAGGGAUUCCUUGCGGAAAUUAGGGCCGUUUUUAAACUAAGAAAAUAGUUUUCAAAGAAACUAAAGGUGAUUCAUCACUGAUGAGGGCUCAAGAGAGAGAAAGCAUUUGGUUUCACAGCCCGUGGUGUCUCGCGAGGACUUCUUCCUUUCUCCUUCAGCCUCUCAUCUCAGCUUCAGCACACAGUCCUUUCCCAUCAUGCACAGCUUUAAAACUUUUAUUUAAAAACUUCCUUCCCCAAUGAGCUUUCAGAAUACUUAUUGUAGAUUUUAAGAGAAAAGGUAUAUUAAUUUAUGCUAUUAACAUCACCUCAUAAAUUAUAAGUUUUAUACUAAAGCUGUAUUGAGUGUAAUGAAUUAUGUUGCCUAUGUGUUUUAAUAGCUUAAAAUUUAUAUAUGAGCUUCUUCUUUUUAUUUUUAUUUUUAUUCUUGACGAAACAAACUAGUGACGCACCUUUUUACACUGGAUCUCUGCCGUGUCAAGGUGUAUAGCUGUCCUUCGCUACCUUGCAGAUAUGUAAAGAAAAGGAUAACCUGGGGCCUCAAAAUGUAGAACACCCUUAGCCCAUUUAUCAUCAUUCAUAGAGCUGUUGAGAAUCAUGUUCUUUAAUACAUGAUCUAUGGUUUACACUUAAUGAUGGCUAGACACUUAGUUACAGGGUCAAUAGAAGCAAAUAGAUCCAGUGAAGCUCCCACUACUGUAGCUGGAAUUUGUAAACCAAGUUUUUAAGACCUCUGUUAUUUCCUAUGGAUUUAUUCUUUAAUUUACAGUUUAUUCUGUAAGUUGAGAAGUAAAAUAGAGGAAUUAAUAAAUCUAGAUGUUCUCAGUGUCUCAUUCAGGAACAUUUCCCCCUUCCUCACUAAGGAAUUCCCACUGUGACUUAAAAAUAGAGGUAACUUACUUGUAUGCAUGUAUGUAUCUGUGUUUUUACACACAUGCAAAAAUAUACAUUGGGGGCACGUGUGUGAGAUAUGAAUGUGCGCUUGUAUAAAAAUAGAAAGGUAACCGAAUGUAUUAUAGAAAUAUGAUUUAUUUAGCUGAGGGAAUUACAGUUGCUUUCCAAUUGUUUCUUUUUAUAAAUAUACCAUAUUCUUCACUAUAUUAUGUUCAAAGGCUAGCUCUGAUAUCAUGUGCAUUUUCUUUUAACCUUUUAAUUAACUUAUGGUGUUUUUAAAGUGACAUGAGAAAAAGCAGAUUCUAAGACCAGCCUCAUACUUAUGAGCAUAAAAAUAAGAGAGAGACAGACCUAUAUAACAGCUUGUUUAUCUAUUGAGGUGAUGGGACCACAGAUUUGUUGCAAAAUUUUUAUGUCUAAUAAAUGUUCUUUAUAUUCCAAGUAAUAAAGUAUUAUGAUGUUUUCUUGGUCAAGUUCAGAAAACAUAGGCCUUGAUAAGGAAGCUUUUGAAGGAGCUGCUUGUUUAAGGAGUUGGUGGGCUCAUUUCACUGCAUAUUCCAAAGCUGGUGUGAUUUUAGUUAUUUCCAAACCAUUUUUUAAAACUGAGCCGUGCCAUUGGUUGUGGAGCGGAGCACCGCAGCUCCUGUCUCCUGGCUGUAGGGAGAUCAUGCUGCCCUUGAUGCUUACCUGAUUCCUGGGGGGCUGAAAAGAAAGACACAUUCCUGACUGUGGAGCUUUGUCACUUGGUUGUGCGUCCUGUACUGGAGGACAGAUGGUCUGAGACAUCACCUAGAGCCAUGCGCUCCCAUCACACUUCCUUUCACUCAUAUACUUAGGGAUAUGUCAGAGCAACUCCUGAGGACAUAUUUGAAUUGGCAGUUGUCUUUGAGGCCUCGGUUACUUCAUCUUAGGUUCCGUCAGAACCUGGGAACGCUGUCUGUGUUCUUUUCUACGAUUGUAUUUUUGUAGCAUCUCCCUGUUUCAUUCACUCUUGCUUUGGGACUUUAAGAAAUCUGCAUCUUUCUUGUACAUAUGCAUGCAAACGAAAGGAGGGAGUUUAUACUGAUGCCAUUCUCCCUUCAGUUGCUGGUUGAUGGAAUUUGCUAGAAUCAGUUCCUCUCAUUGAAGGGUGAAAACAGACCCUUUGUGUAUAUCUGUACAGAGAUGUGUAUAUGGGAUGUGGUGGCACUUUGCUGAAUGUGAACUUGCCUUGUCAAUGGAAAGAUUGAAAAGUAUUAUGUUUAUUUAUACAUUUGUAUAAAUCUAUAUAUACACGUA